AAAUUCUUGGUGGCUGCAAUAGAUUUUUCAAUGGUUUGUCUUACACAAGUAAGUACGUCCAAAUUCUUGAUCUUCAUCGACUGAUUUAAGUCUACUCUUACGUAGAGGAACUCCAACUCCGUAGAACAACUGUGUCAACAAGAAGAUGACCCGUCAGCAUCGCGGCAAGACGAUGCCUAGACUGCGUCCUUUCGCAGGAGCUGCAUUCGCAGUGACCACGACCACUAUCCUUUCAACUUCAUCUAGUAAUGUAGUUCUUGCCACUUCUGCAUCGUCAUGGUCCUCUCCUCCUACCAUCGCUGUGCCAUAUCCCGCUUCGAAAGUGAACCGUGGCAAUACGUUGAAUGUCAUUUUGGGUCAGAUCAAGGAAAGGGAGAAGAAACACCACAUUUUGAGACGCAAGAUAGAAAAGGAAAUACCAGAGCAAUGGUUCCCACAAGUGUUUGAUCACUUUGGUGGUAAGAAGCACGUUGCGGAACAAAAGAAUGGUGCUGAUGGUAAGGCGAGUGAAGAGAAGAAAAAGUUAUGAGAAUGGUUGAGGUGUCCAUUCUUAACCUCCUGAGCUACCACGUUUUUCUGAGUGGAUAAUCGUGAGACAGAAAGUAGAUCAGAAGCGCCUUCAAGGUAACCUUGUUCCUCCUCCUCUAACCCUAACCUGGCCCCAACGUUUCUUCGAGAAUGACGAACAUUUCAAAGCAGGUGGGCCGGUUUUCCUGAUGAUCGGAGGGGAGGGUGAGAUCAGCGCCGACUACGUUGGCGAUCGGUUCUUGGCUGCUUACUUUUACGACACGAGGAGUUCCUGAUCCUGACGUGCUCACACACAAUGUAGUUCCUGACUGACGAGGGUAGGAAUUCUACAACCUCCUCUUGUCCUUCUCUCUCCACCGGAUCCCUCUAAUCCCCAAGCUUCAAAGCUUAUUUUCCACCUUGUGUCUUUUAAUACACAUUUUGCGCCAUACUACAAAGAAAUAGGUACAACCUUUGCGGCAGUCGGUCAGCGUCAGCCACUGACAAUGUAGUUGAAGUUAUUAGGUGUUGAUCUUGAAGCGGAAGAGGCAUGACUUGCACUACUAGCUUGUCCUUCUCUCUCCACCGGAUCCCUCUAAUCCCCAGGGAAACAAUUCGGUGGUGCAGUUCUAGCCCUCGAGCAUCGUUUUUACGGCCAGAGUCAACCCCAUGGUGGCGAUUUGUCCGAUCUCUCCUUGCUGUCGUCGCAGCAGGCAUUGGCAGAUCUUGCCGGUUUCGUCACAGCGAAGAAGAAAGGGAAGUAUUCUAAGUCGAAAUUUCUCUGCCUUGGAGGUUCUUAUCCCGGAAACUUGGCUGCUUGGUUUAGACAGAAGUAUCCUGACGUCGUGGAUGGCUGCUUCUCGUUUUCGGCUCCGAUCUUUGCGAAAAAAGACUUCUACGAGUAUGGGCAGAUGGUCUUUAAGGCCCUGGGCAGUGUGGUGGGUGGCAAUACAGAAGUAUCGGCCAAAUUGCUCAGUGGAUAUGAGAGUAUCCUCACGGAUUUGAAUGCGGGCACACCUGCAGCGAGGAAGUCCGUGCUGCAGAAUUUGAAUGCGUGUCCGUUUACAGUUUUGUCUCAGGCAGAUGAGGCAAAUGUGGAAUUAUGACAAGACAAGCAUACAUUUGUUGACUUCUAUAGUAUAAAUAUCCCUUCCUAUAAGGUUUAGGUCCAGCAGCGCUCAAAGCACUAAAUAAAACAACCGGUUAGUUUUUACCUCUAGAGAUCUAGCCCUUUCAACAAUAUGAGUAUCGUUUUCUUAGUUCCUCUUCUAACUCUUUCAAUGCUGACUGGGGUUUCUGCGGGAGUGGUGCAAUAUAACAACACCUUGCCGAGUGGUAGGAAAAUUGAAGAUGUCGCGAAGAUUGUAGGCGAAGCAGCGACGCCAGAAGAUGCUGCGUGGGCUAUUUUUUCAAAGUUUGCGGAAGGAGAAGCGUAUUACUUAUAGUAAAUUUAGCAUGUAGUACUUGAACUUGUGUAGUAGAUGUAGAUCGAUGUAGCAGGCGUUGUUGUUGAUGUGAUGGGCUGUCCACCAACAGCACCACAAGAAUCUGCUUCGCUUUGUCUCUUCUUCGAUAAGGUAACAAGAGGAUAACUAUCAGUCAUCACACCCACACCCUACAAACGCACCCAUCUUCAACGACACAGCGCCGCCCUCACUGGCCUGAAGCCACGCGGAAAGCAUGUUGACAAAGGAAAUCAGCAGCAUGACGAUAACAACAAGGGGAACAAGAACCAGUCAACCGCGAUUGCAGUUACACCAAUUGAAGUUGACUGCAUCGACUACAGCCAGCGUGAAGAGUACAGCUCUCUUGUCCCUGACGCAGCCGCAGCAGCAAGAUCCUGGGUUUAUCAGACAUGUAACGAGUUCGGUUAUUUCCAGACUUCACGGGUUUCGCUGGAGAAAAAGUCGCUCUACACUCCGGGAGUAUCAGAUCCGAGCUUGUGUUAUGGACAUAAUGUUGCUGCAAAACUCACAUUUGUUUGCAAUUACCAUCAUUUCCGACAAUCGCAAUGGGAGUGGAGGGACCAACAACGACCACGGAGGACUAGAAGUAGGAUCAGGUUAAUUGUCGAAAUGCAAAUUGAAGUGAAAUCUUCUUCCAUACUCAAAAUCAGCACGCUUCAGCUUGUUUUAUUUACGACUAGCUUUGAACUAUUUGCAAUUGCAUUUGAUCUGAUUGCAACUUUGAUUCGACACGUCUGGCUUCUUCUCUAACUCCCGGAUGGCAUUUGCGAAAACGUUUUUGGAAUCAGCAACGUCGAGGCAAGAGUCGCCAACACAAGAACCUACUACGACAUUGACGAGAGUGAAGUGUCGAAGACGGUACAUUUUUAGCGGCUUUUUGCAUUCGUUUGCCUAGUCAGGUGGGGCUAAGGCUUGGCGCCGUAGAAGUCAUUUGCCAAAUGGCAAGGCCCUGCGCGUGCAUAGCCUCGAAAGCGCUGCGCCCCUGCUUUCGGCCAUCUUAUGCGCCGCGCCCCUGACUGGUGGGGGAGGCCGGUGGGGGGCUUCCGCCGUUGCUAUGGAGUAUACGCAUGUCCAAGCGCCGCGGCCGGAGGUCCACCUGAACGACGCCAGGAGCAAGAGAGAGGAGAGCCGUGGCGCCAAGUUUCUUGCGGGCUCGGUAUCAUUUAGCGGGAGCACUGGCAAGCCCCUCACGGAAUAGCACCCAGCUGGGACGCCCUUCGCGCUGAUGUUGUCGAGGUUGCACACGGUAGGACCUCGGCGGCGGCCAACGGUCUGCCCUGGUAGGGGCCUGCGGUCCGAUCGCUUCGCGUCCCGCGAUAAAGUCGCCUGACCGCGGUCAGCCUCAAGAGAGUGGGAGCCGCGUGGAGGGUCGCCGCGCUUUGGUGGGGUGUUCCUCUGAGGGCAGCCAUUUGACAGGGGGCACGAAUAGGGGCAGACGCUGCGCAGUAUGUGAGGGACGCACCUCGGACAGCAAGGGACGGGGCUACUCCACUACCGGGGAGCCGCCAGCGGUUUCUGACUGGUAGACACUAAGCACGCUCCGCCCUGCGGCGUUCUGUCAGUCUCGUACUGGUCGAGGCGAUAGAAGGCCUGCCGCGUUUUCAAGUAUGCCAACGCUCGAGCGGAGUCCCCGCCGGCCCUUGCUUGGCAGCUCGAUAAAGGGCAUGAGUCUGGGCGCUCGUCGCGGUGCGCAUCGCAGUCGCUGAAACCAUGCACGGGACAGCUGAAAAAAUGGGACCAAGCACUCAAGCCGGCGAGCGGACGCAGGCGCCCCCAAGCAUGUCAGCAGCCGGCUGCGGGGGCGAGGGUGGGCUGGCUUGCUUCCCUCGUCCGCUGUCUUGUUGAUGAGCCGCAAACGAUAGGGAGGACGGCGGCGACGGGUCGGCUUUUGUCUGGUGUCGUGAAUUUGUGAGCUGAACGAUAGCGACCAAACUGGAAGAGUCAAGAACUAGGGAAGUUGGUCCAAAGAGUCAAGAAGCGGGGAAGUUGCUCCGAAGCGUCAAGAUGUGGGGAGGUUGAUCGUGGUGGGAGAAUGGAAUCUAGUGAGGCGAGCGCUCUGAUGCUCUUCGUGUUUGUGGGAAGUAUGAACACACAAGACGACGGGCAAAGCCAUGCCCAUACCUAUACCAUGAAAGCUCUUCGCUUUGUAGGCCUUGGGUCUAACGAUAUAGCCCGCGCAGUACUUUUGUGUCUCCCUUGUGUGUAACUGGCUAAGCAAGAAGUAACAACCAACAAGGGCCAGCCGCUGCGCAUGUUCAACCAAGCAGCUCAGUAGAGCCAGCUAACAAAUAUGAGCCAAAUAGCCCGGCCCCCGGUCUUCUCGUUCUUUUCGUUCUUUCGUAUACUCUGCGAGCUUUUGCAUCUGGGCUGAAGUCAUACGGAAAAGGCAGAGCAGUAUCCACAUGCGCAAAGGAGUGAGGAGGAGGAGGCUGGCCUUUGGCCUUGGAAAUGCGUGCAGCGUUUUGACUGCUGGUAUGCCCAUCGGGUGUGAGGUGGGCAAUCGCCAACAGGUGGCGGCUGUUGUGAAUGUGUCGAAGUUGCACCAUGAUGGAAGAAGACAGUGACAGAAGACAAGCCAAGGCAUUCCAUUGGGAAGAUGUUGCACACUGUUGGAUGUAUGCCGUUGCACUCUGCAAGUUUCUGAAGCAGGUAGGUACAAAGAUAAAGCGAGCGGGAACACGUGACGAAUUAAAUAACAACGCGCCAACAAUUCAACACAUGGAUGAGCAGCAAAAUGAUGGCUGAACAUUGUAGGCCUUGAGUCAGUUGCCAGCUGUAUGCGCACACCUGUAAGCUAACAAGUAUUUGCCUGAGAACUGCAACCGCUGCAGACCGUUGCUCUACCAAAUAAGAAAGCGCAAACAGUGCGCCCGCGUCUUCUUCGUUCGUUCUCCGCAUGAAAGUAGACAUCUUUGCUUUUACAAAGGCGAAGAGGGUGGAGCAAUCGCCCGGCAGGCGUGUGGCUUUUCUGGUGCUUGCUGCGUUGCUUGGGGUCUUUUGUUUUCUUUUUGUGCUGGUGGGUUGAUGUGGUUCGAUCGCUGCUCUUGUCUUAUUCUUUUUCAUGUCUUUACUGAGUAAACCCAUUUCUUGUCUGCGUGCUAGAAGCCUUAUGAAACGCGCUUAUCGCUGCAAUGGCGGGCCGCAGCCUACUCUGUCUUGUGAUGAUGGCACAUGACUUGAAUUUUCGUUCACAGAUCUUCAUCAACGGCGAGCUAGACCCAUGGUCAACGCUAUCCCGAGGCCCUAGCCCUAUCAGCCACAUAGUGCCACACGGUAGUCACUGCGUAGGCCUUUACGGCAAUCCAGAGGAUCCUUUGGUAAUGCCAGCUGCGAAGGAGUUGCAAAUUAUGAAUUGUGAAGAUCGUCGGCAUUGAUUUUCGUAUGCUCAAACGAUACUGAAUAGUGCUUCUUUUAGCAGACGUAUCUAUAGUAACAAUAGUGAUUCUUAUGCUAGAAUUUGAUCUUUCUUAUGAUCAACAAACUACACCCCCUCUAAGAAAAGGGAGUUGAUCAAGGUUGCUGGCAAGUGGCUUGCAGAACAGGCUGACGGGACAUCGCUUGCUGCUGGAGAUGAGCUUUAUUCUUAAGGGCUUUGACGUCAAGGUUCUGGUUUGUAAGGACUUUUUGAAUGAAUUUUUUAUCGUAUCAAAAACAUUACGAUUACGUUUAAGAUGAACUGUGAUUACUCAAAGCGCUUCAGAUCCCGUUUCACUGCAUGGCGCUAUGAUCUAUCAUUCCGAUAUUGAAAGUAUUAAUUUGUUCGAAUUUAUUUUCGACCUCUUUUUUGACUUAUGAGGUUACCCUAAUUCGCCCCUGUUUUUUCUGCCAGUAUUACAUAAGUAAUUGCGUGCGCUGCUGCUCAGGUAUAUGACAUCUAGGUGGCUUAUAUCUCUCUUCUACCACUGUUCUCUCCGCUUCAAAGCUUAUUUUCCACCUCGUAAAAAAUGACUCGUCCUGGUUGUACAUAGUAGAUAAGAAACGAACUUGAGGUAAAAAAUAGGUUGAUACAAGAACUAGUUGUCUUUUAAUACACAUUUUGCGCCAUACUACAAAGAAAUAGGUACAACUUUACUCAUCAUCAAUAUCUUCAUCAUCAUUGUUUGCAGCUGUUGCCCAUAAUGCACGACGCUGUAGCCUGUAGCUGAUCUUCUUCUCAUUUGGAUUUUUGAAGCAGCUCACUCGCACCAUGUGAAACUGAAAGUGAAAAUAACGUGUAAGAAAAAGAAAAUGACAAAGAAGCUCUCUCACUUGUAUGAUCCAGAUGAGCUUUCGUCGUUGGCUCUUUAGGUUGAGAUUUUUUCGUUGGGCGGGAAUGCUUUUCUUCCUUUUGUCACUCAU